CCGGCUCCAACAAAACUCCAGCCGCCCUUCAACCAUGGCGACCUCACCGGCGGCGGCGGCGGCAGAGACGGCGCUGGGAGACCUGCCGGAGGACGCGCUGCUGGCGAUCCUGGCCUUCCUCACGCCGCCGGACGCCGCCGCGGCCGCGUGCGCCUGCCGCGCCCUCGCCGGCGCCGCGUCCUCCCCGGAGCUCCCGCUCGCGCUCGCGCUCCGCCUCGGCCUCCCGCCCCCGCGGGCCUGCCCGGCCUCCGCGCGCCGCCUCUUCCGCUCCCUGCACCGCCUGCGCCGCCUCCUCGGCCUCUGGCGCCGCCUGCCCUCCUCCCACCCCGCCUCGCCCUCCCUCGCCGCGUUCGAGUGGGCCCCGCGCGCCACUCUCGCCGCCUCCCUCCUCGCCCCCGCCACGCACGGCCUCGCCGUCUCCAAGUCCCCUUUCGUGACCGUCUCCAUCGCGGAAUCCGGGGACACGGUGGCCGCGCUUGGAGAUGUGCCCGUCUGCGUCAAUUUCGUCGGGGACAACCACAUUGUGGUGGAGCCGGCGUCCGGGGAGGAUGAGGAGGAGGAGAUGCAAGGGGGGUCGCCGCCGGAGGAGAUGUAUAUGCAUUUCGCGAACCGGAGGAGUCCGGGUGCGGGGAGGAGGAGGAGGGAGAGGCUCGGGAGGAGGAAAGGGGGCCGGAUGGAGGCUCAACACUUUGUCAGGAUCCCAGAUGCUGAGCCCACCAAAGCAAGGCCGCUGCAGGGCCUCUGGAAGGGUAUAUGCGAGAAUAGGACUCUGGAAUUUUACCUUGUCACCUAUGAUGACAUCGGUGGAGUGACUUGUCGGCGAGUUAGUGAGACUAAGGGCCAUAACUCAGGCUACUCCCCUCUCUUUUGGACUACGAAUGCUACAUUUCUUGAACCACCAUUCUCAGAACAGGAACUGGACCGUUACAGUUGCUGUGAACAUAUCCAAGUUGUGACUUCUGGGCAUACAGAGAUGCAAAGCAAGGGAGUCUCUCGGAUAAUGUGCAUCAAUUCCAGUUAUGAUCUUGUUGAUCCUCAUCCAUCGGCUCCAUUAGAUGAUAUGAGGAAUUUAGAGGGGAGGAUCUGGUUUUAUGACGAUGGAACCUUUGGGUUUGGAUUCACUGGAAGUAAUUCAAUUAUAGAUCUGAGGCAUGUCUCCUUGGAUGGUUGUAUUGUUGAUACUUCAUAGUGAACAUAGGUCCUUCUGGCAUGCAAUUGUUGCUAGGACUAGGAAACCUUCUGUACAGCAUUGUUAGGGAAAACCCGGUGGUUGGCAUGAAGCAUGGUGCCUCCAAUUGUUGUACUCUUUUGUCAUGUAAUUGUUGCUAGGAUAACAAUUUAUCCUGGCAUUGCACUAGAUGGUGGUCCCUUCUGGCAUUUACUUGUUGCUGGAAUACCCUUGUAACAUUAUUACUACAUUAAUUUCAUAUAAAUUGGUGUUGCCACUCCGUCAUAAGGCUGCUUAUGUCCUUU